AUGUCUACCCACAUUGAUAACCUCUGGAUAUUCGCCCUAGCUUCAAAAUGCACACAAGAGAACAUUGUUUACUCUCUUUUGAUCAUGGCUUUACUCUGGCUAACCAUGAAUUUCUUUUACUGGUCUCACCCUGGUGGUCCUGCUUGGGGCAAGUACUAUUAUUCCAAUUCCAACAACAACAAAAACAAAAACAACCUUAAAUCCUCUCCUAUGUUCAUUCCUGGUCCUAACGGUUACCCUCUAAUUGGAAGCAUGAACCUUAUGUCUUCUUCACUCGCUCACCACCGUCUCGCUUCCGCCGCAAAAACAUGCAAAGCAACUAGACUCAUGGCUUUCAGUCUCGGUGAUACACGUGCAAUAAUCACGUCUAACCCUGAUGUAGCCAAAGAGAUUCUCCACAGCUCCGUUUUCGCUGAUCGUCCUAUCAAAGAGUCAGCUUACUCUCUCAUGUUCAAUAGAGCCAUAGGUUUCGCACCCUACGGUGUUUACUGGCGAACCCUUCGAAAAAUCUCAACCAACCAUCUUUUCUCACCCAUGCAAAUCAAAUCAUCUGGGCCGCAACGUACUGAAAUUGCCACUCAGAUGAUUGAUUUGUUCCGAAGCCGCGGGUUCGGUCCGGUUCGUGAUGUUUUGAAAAAAGCAUCGCUGAAUAACAUGAUGUGCUCUGUUUUUGGACAGAGGUUUAAGAUUGAUCAAGUUAAUGAGAGAAUGAUGGAACUUAGUGGGUUGGUUGAACAAGGUUAUGAUUUGUUGGGUUCUCUUAAUUGGGGUGAUCAUCUUCCUUUUUUGAAAGAUUUUGAUGUUCAAAAAAUCCGGUUCAAUUGUGCUAAUUUAGUACCUAAAGUGAACCGGUUCGUUGGUUCAAUUAUCUCCGACCACCGAGCCGACAAACACCAAACCAACAUGGAUUUCGUUCAUGUUCUGCUCUCUCUUCAAGAACCUGAUAAAUUGUCUGAAUCCGACAUGAUCGCUGUACUCUGGGAAAUGAUAUUUAGAGGAACCGACACGGUUGCGGUUUUGAUAGAGUGGAUACUAGCGAGGAUGGUGCUACAUCCUGACGUGCAAAGGAAGGUACAGAUGGAGCUUGACGCGGUGGCGAGUGGAGGUGCAUGUGGUGUUACGGAGGAGGACAUGGCGGCGACGGUGUAUUUACAGGCGGUUAUAAAGGAGGUUUUAAGGUUGCAUCCACCAGGCCCACUACUUUCGUGGGCCCGACUGGCCAUCACCGAUACGACAAUUGAUGGGUAUCACGUGCCAGCUGGGACGACAGCUAUGGUGAACAUGUGGGCCAUAGCUAGGGACCCGGAAGUAUGGGGGGACCCGCUUGAAUUUAAGCCCGAGAGGUUUAUGAAUGAAGAUGGUGCUGAGUUUUCGGUUCUCGGGUCGGAUCUUAGGUUGGCUCCGUUCGGGUCGGGUCGAAGAAGUUGCCCCGGGAAGAAUUUGGGUUUGGCUACUGUGACUUAUUGGGUGGCUAAGCUUUUGCAUGAGUUUGAAUGGAAGCCGUUGGAUGAAAUGAACGGUGUGGAUUUAACAGAGGUGCUUAGGCUUUCUUGUGAAAUGGCGAAUCCUCUUGAUGUGAAAAUGGUCCCAAGGCGUUUAAGUUAA